UCACCCUGUGCCCGGUACUGGGAUCAGUGACUCAGCAUGGCCUCAAACAAUCCUGCCAGUAACAAGAACAGUGAAACCAGCCAAACCCAACCACUGCUCUCAGAUAGUCCCUUUCCCUGGUAUAACUCCAAAAUCAUUGGAGAGGCAAGUUUUGCAAUAGUCCCAGGCAAGUGUGGCUUUUCUGAGGUAUUUGUAGCCUGAUUUUGUGAAAAAUCAUUUCAUUUUGCAAGUGAAAAGGCCAACAGCACACGCUAAACUGCUGGCCUGGCUCCAGGAUGAUAACCUUGCUAAUGCACAACCAGCAAAUGAAUAAAAGGUGUGGGUGUGUAUAAACAAAAGCAAGUCUCUGCUGACUUAUAUGAGGAAAUGUUGACCAAAGGGUGCCUGCUCUCCGACUAACACCCAAGUAACAGAUCAUUGACCAGGGCAGACAGUUGGGUUGAAGGUUCCUAGGAAACAGGGGCACCCUGAUCAUCUUCAGAGUCAGCUGAGAGAGGUUGUGUUUCACCACUGAAACAUCAAAAAGUACAGCUGUUUUUCUAAGCACUUGCUAAUGUCCCACUUUCUAUAACGAAGACUGAUAAAGCACUUUAGCUGCAUUCUCAGCUAAACAGCUGGAUGCUUUUGCUCAUAUUCUCCUUGGAACUUGAAGAGAUUUGAGAGAGAUUAAAAAAAUAUAAUAAUCUGAAGAACACUAUUAGAUGUUAAAUUUGUAUUGCAAAUCAUGAACAGCUCUCCUGGACUGUAUACAGAAAAUGGAAGGUUCAUAAGCUGUUUAAUGAGGUGUCAGUGGAAGACUUUCAAAAAGAGCCUGAAACUCUUUGCAGUGCAUAUGAGAAGACACGUACAAGGGUAUUUUUGCAGUUUCUGGGUAGGGAAGUGGGUUGGGAUUACCUGCAAGGAAGUCCACCAUGAUGAGAAGGAGAUACUGUAUGUAGUACUACAGGUAUUAAUUUCUAAAAACCAAAGCUGGGGUAAUACAGUAUCAGAGAAGAUCUGCUUUAAAGAGUUGCAGAGUUAGGUGGUGGGUUAACUGAAGACUGCCUCCAGAAAUUAAUGAAGCAAGGAAAGAGUCCAGGCUGAGCUGGUGGAAAAGAUCCUGAACUGAUAAAUACUGCCCUGCUGCUGGGGUGCCUGGCACAGCUGCAGCGCCAGCAACUACCAGAGCUGGAAAACUACUGCCAUCCAAGGGCCGUGCACACAGGGGGAGUUUUUCAUUUAUGUUACUUUCUGAAUCCUGAAAACAGGUUUUAAUAUCUGAAACAUUUUCAGCUUCUAGCAGAGCAGGCACAAGCCGGUGCCAAGUACUCUUUGAAAUCUCAGCCUUGACGUGUUGCUUAUAUUUAUGUUCUUUACGCGAAGCUGACAGCAAGCAAGAGCACUGUGCUCUGAGCAGAGAAGGGAGCCAGGGGUUCCACUUUCCCAUGAGGAUCAGAUACUCCUUCUUGCAUGCAUGAGGUCAGUAAGUUUCUACAGCACAGUCCUGGAAAGGGGAUGGAGUGGUAUGAAGGGGCAAUGCCCCUUAUUAAGCCCCUCAGCAACACAGGGCAUGGAGUCUGGGAGCUGAGGCUUCUCUGGAUGUUUCUAUGCUGGACAGCAGCUGGAGAAGGAUUUCUGGAGCUUUUGGUGAAAUCCUGGGUGCCAGAUUCCCACUGAAGCCUUACUAGAAGUCCCAGCUCACAAAUGCCUCUAUCUUGGCAUUAUUCACCAGUGACCCUUCAAGCACUAACAGGACAUGUUGCUGUAAUUUAAAUAAAUUAAAUCAUACCAAAUCUACUAAAUAUGGCUGGUCGAGACCUAAGGCAGUCGCCAUUAAGCAAAAUCUAUUAAAAAUAUGAAUAAGCCUCCAACUCAUUGCAGACAGCAAGACCAUCUUGCUAAAACUGUGCUGAAUGUAUUUUGUUUCAUUCUUAGGUGUGCAGAGAGCUUGCAGGAAGCCAGGGUCAUGGAAAUACAAGGAUUGCAGGACUGAUAAACCUGGCAAAGUACCUACCCUUGCAUUUAAGUCUGUAAAAUCCUGGCAGAGCAGCAUGUCCAUUUCAGAGGUUAUUUCAAAACAAGCUGGGGGGAGGGAGGGGAGGAGAGGGAAGCUUUAAGUACCAUUUUGCCAUGUUUCAUUUGAUGUCAAAUCAGGUGUUUAGUUUUAGCCUGCAAGAGACUCCACCUCCUUUCAAAAGUCCCCUUAAACCCUGCAGAGAAUUUAUCCCAGCACAGCUCCUGCCUCACCCGUAACAGUUAGAUCGGCAAAGAAAACCAAAUGUCCUCCGUCCCGCUGAAGAGGAUCAAAUACCUGGUGCCUUGGAAAACCACUGCUCUCAAAAAGAAGGAUUUCCACUUGGAUUGAAGUUUUUUCUGGCUUGAUAUUUCCUUUUACAUUUUCUUGGCCCUACAAAUAAUCUAAAGGAAGAGAGCUGUUCUUUAGUUUUUGCUCUUCAAGCAUAGGUUAAAAUGCCAGGCAAGGAAGAGUCCCUCGGUACCACUCAUCUCCUGAAACUACAUUGCAUCAUUUGGAAAACAGGACGAGAGGACAUGAGACAUCUCAUCCCAAUGUCUGUUUAAUGGCACUUAGGUCAUAUGCACGGGGGUUCAUAAUACCAGCGUCUACUGCAAGAAAAUGAGCAGAUGCCGGAAGAUUUCAUUUUAUGCUUAGCUGAAGAAAAAAAAGAACAUGAGCACAUUUUCCAUUUUAAAUGCUAGCAACAUGUCACAAGCUGACUCCCUUGAGGACAGCAGCAAUUGGACAGCAGUAACCCAGUUUACCCAGCCAGGCUGGCGAAUUGCUUUGUGGGCUAUCACCUAUUCCUUCAUUGUCAUCACAUCCAUCGUUGGCAACAUCACCAUCAUCUGGAUUAUUCUUGCACACAGGAGAAUGAGGACCGCUACCAAUUACUUUAUUGUUAAUUUGGCUCUUUCGGAUUUGCUGAUGUCCACUUUCAAUACCAUCUUCAACUUUAUUUAUGCCAGUCACAACGUCUGGUAUUUUGGUGAGGAAUUCUGCAGGUUUCAGAACUGGUUUCCCAUCACCGCAAUGUUUGUGAGCAUUUAUUCCAUGACAGCCGUGGCUGCAGAGAGGUACGUGGCAAUAAUUCAUCCCUUCAAGCCCAGGCUCUCUGCAGGAAGCACCAGAGUCAUCAUAGGGAUAAUCUGGCUGGUGGCAUUUGGGCUUGCCUUCCCACAGUGCUUCUACGCUGAGAUCAUGAUGGACAAUGGAACAAUAAAAUGCAUCGUUGUCUGGCCUGAUGAUGUCGGCUCAAAACACCAGCUCACGUAUCACAUUGCAGUGAUCGUGCUGAUUUAUUUACUGCCUUUACUGGUGAUGUUUGUUGCGUACAGCAUUAUAGGAAUUACUCUGUGGAGCAGUGCAGUUCCAGGCAACCACCUUAACAGAGCCCGCUAUGAACACCAAGUUAAUGCCAAAAAAAAGUUUGUGAAGACCAUGGUGGUAGUUGUGAUCAUUUUUGCUGUCUGCUGGCUGCCCUAUCACAUAUACUUCAUCCUGGGAAGCUUCAAGGAAGACAUCUACCAGCAGAAAUACAUUCAACAGGUUUAUCUUGCAGUCUUUCUCCUUGCCAUGAGUUCAACAAUGUACAACCCCAUCAUAUACUGCUGUCUUAACCAAAGGUUUCGUUCUGGCUUCAAAUUAGCCUUCCGGUGGUGUCCAUGCAUACAAGCAACUGAGAAAGACAAACUCAAACUCACAUCCCCAUCUCUUUACCAGACAACCCACAGGAAGUCAAGAACAACAAGUUUUGAUACAGAAACUCAACUGAAUGAGAAGGAGAAGACAUCAUUUACCCCCACCCAGCUAACACUCUGA